CAUGCUCAGAACGAGCAUCCAGCAUGGCGGAAGGAGGCAAGGACGACGAAGACAAUCCCUUUUCAUUUAAGAAAUUCGUGAAGAAAUCUAAAGCAGGGAGCUCUAGAAAUAAUCCUAGAGGCCAUGACGAAGAGGACUUCGAUAUAUUUGAUGUUCCCGAUGUUCCUUUAUCUACCGAAAGUCAUAAAAGCAAGAAAAAUCAACAUGUUGAUAAGACAAAGAAAAAAGAUGAUGAGGGAAACCCAUUUUCCUUCAAGAAAUUCCUUCAGGGUCAGAGUUCAUCCUCAAGGCCAAAUACACGGAGUGACUCAAGUGGAAACUUUAGUUCAGCGCCACCAGAUGUCGCUAGUGAUUUACCAGACUUUGUGCAGGAUCAAUUUGAUAGACAGAGAUUAAGAGACAGACCUGGCAGGGACUUAGAGUUACCAGACUUUGCCUUGGAUACCAGUGUGACAAAUGCUAUUAAUUUACCUAGUCCUAAUAUAGACCACGGCAGUGGCACUAACAGUAAUCCAACAAUCCCAUUGGAUAUAGAUCCAGUUAUUCCAUUGGAUAUAAAUCCACCAAUAGACAGGGUUCCAGUCAAUGGACAUGUGCAUGCUGCAGAGACAGGUGCCUCAGGGGGCAUAAGUAAUGACUUAAUUUUGGGAAAUUCUCCCAGAAAAGCUGCUUUACCAGACUUCUUAUCGGACAGUGCUCUUGGUGGAAGCCCCCCAUUUGGUGGGGACUGGACUACAGAAGGCUUACCCAAUGGAGACAGUAUAGCAUAUCAUGUUACUAGUGGAAGUCUAGAGUUAGAAGUUAGGAGGCUCCAACAGGAGAAUGCUGCUCUCAGACAACAACUGGAGGAUGCCAGACAACAGGCAGAGGUUGAGUCAAGAAGAGUUGCCAAAAUUUUGAAAGAAAAAGAAGCCACACAGAAACGUGAGAGUGAGGAGACAGCUGCUUUGGAGAAAAUGGUACAACAAGUGGAGGCCAAUCUUGAAACUACAACACAAAGAGCUGUGCGGGCAGAGAGUAAAGUGGCCAGUUUAAAGCAAGACGUCAAAAAUUUACAGGGUCAGAUCUCAUCGUUAACAGCAGAGAACACAGCUCUGCGGUCAGGGGACAAUUUACAUGGUGCAAUGAGAGAAAAAGCAAGAUAUGCCUCAGAACAAAUUAAAGCUGCUGCUACCAAUGCUGAACUUUCACUUAAGCACCUUUUGGGUGGUGUAGAUUCUAUGAAACUGGUCGCCAACAUGUUGGCACAUAUCGACAUGGUAACAGAACAGCCACCUACAGGCGACUCUGCUCAGGGACAUCAUAAUCCAGGCACUGGCGAAUAGUGCUGAACACAGUGCAGUGUCUUAACAGUAUAGAUGACGGAUUGAGGAGGUGUUUACUCUCAGAAGUUUCUUUUUUAUUAGGGAACUGGAAAAGAAAUAUACUGGGGGAGGGGCUGAGAAGGCAAUAAUCUGUUUUUAUGGAUGAUGCUGUUUUGUUUAUGAAAUCAAAAUUAUUCCCAGGCAGACUUUCAUUAUUUCAAUUUUAUGGUUUAAGUUUGUCACACUGCUGUAAUGUGAUAUUACAAUCUUGGUAUGUUUUUUUUUCUUUUUUUCUUUUUUAAGCAGGGCUAAUAUGAUUUAUGAUUUAGAAAUAACUACAGUCUGAAUGUGGAGGCAAAUGUAGAAUGAUACUCUUGGUGCUGAUGACAAGUCGAUUUUGAGAUUUCUUUCUGUUUUGUCCUUCAGGUUUUCCUUAAAUUUAACACUGAAUUGAUUACAAAGUGACUUGACAGAUACCCGACUCAUUACCAUCAUCUUGUUGUUUAAAAUUACACACAUUUUAAACCUCAGUUUGCACACAAUUGGAGGUAUCAAUUUGACAAAUUUAUUCAUACUGUACAACUGAGAUAUUGGGCAAUGCACAACUGUGAAAUCAAGCCAUUUACCUUGAAUAGCUUGAUAUUUUUGCAUGACAAUUUUUACCAUUUUGGUCUUUCCUACUUUCUUGUAAAGUUUGUCAAAAGUGUGGACAUUGCAUGCAGAGUUGGCUUAAUUUUCCCUUUAAAAAUGUUUGUAUGAUUCAAAAGUAUUGAAAACUUGUCAGCUCUCAUGCUUUUAUGCUUCCAUGAAGUCAUAAGUAUCAAGAUUAUUUAUAUUUUAAGAAUCGUCAGACUUAAAUAAGAAUGCUGAAUAAAGAUAUUAUUUACAGAAA